AUGAAUGAAUUAUUUGAGAAAAAGAAAAAGAAAAAGAAGAGAAAGAAAUUAAUUCCAAAAGCUGAUGGUGAUCAAGAGAAGUUGAAUGAAGCAGAGCUACAAACAAAACCAAACCCUUAUGAACAUGCUCCACUUGCGCAUGCGCAACUGCCCAAACGACCAAUUGAAGGUGGAUUAGCUGGUACGCAUGAUCCAAAUUAUCAAACCUUAGCUGGUAUUGGUGCUGAUGUAUUUGGUGAUGAUAAGCAACUAGCUGGUGAUGGUGGUGGUGUCAACCCAGUAAUACCACCAAAAGCACCAGCAGAAGGUGGAAUAGUUGGUACACAUGAUCCAAACUAUCAGACGUUGGCCGCUGUAGCCGGCGAUAUAUUUGGAGCGGAUAAAGCAGGUGGUGGUGGUGGUGGUGGUGGUGGUGGUAGAAAUGUGAUCAAACCUGCGAAUCAGGGUGCUGUAGCUGGUACAUUUGAUCCAAAUUAUCAAACAUUAGCUGCUGUUGGUGGUGAUAUUUUUGGUGCAGAUAAAAAACGUGAACCACUUGCACCUGUUCGUCCUCCUGCUACACCAGCAGGAAAAGCUGAUACGUUUGAUCCGAAUUAUCAAACAUUAGCUGCUGUAAAUCCAAAUAUCUUUGGUGCCGAUAAAAAACAGGAUGCGAAAGGAAAUAUUAAAGUACCUGAACAGUGGAAUAAAAAAGCUGAAACAUUUGAUCCAAAUUAUCAAACAUUAGCAGCUGUAAAUCAAGAUAUCUUUGGUGCUGAUAAGAAGAAAUAG